AUGAGCACCGCCGUUGCAAUGGCCCUUUCGCCCGCUCCUCACGACAGGCCGUCCUACGGUUCUGACCUUCCUCACCCAUCGUCUGCCUCUCCGACUGCUCAGAGGACAACAGCGGCGCCCCCGCCUCCACCUCCACCUGCAGUGACAACUUUGAACAACGAUAAUACACCUGCACCACAAGCGCGAUCACGCAGCCGCAGCCCUAAGGGGCUGGGUGCGACGGCGAGCACGCAAAAGUCAUCCCCGCCCAGCGCAUCUCGAAACACAGAAAGACCGAAAAUCGUCGUCAAGAAGGAACCUGGCUCCCCCGGCUUGCAGACCGCCAGGCACCGCCCAAGAAAGCUAGAUCUCUCCAAAAAUACAAACAUCGUAUCUCCCGCCACCGGUCGGCCCCUGACCGCGCGCGAUGGCCUGGGCAUUCAGGAGGUUGGCAUCGCAUGUCUGUCGCCAGGCUUCGUCCCCAAAGAUGCCGCCGAGCAGGAGCAGUUGAAUCGCAGCAUGAGCGUCAGGGAGCACCAGAGACAAAUCAUUGAGGCGAGGUUACAACAACAGUCGGCAAAGCAGGGAGAUGGGCCUGAUAGGGACAAGGAAGGAUCCCACUUCGCUGCGAAGACGCCUGGCCUAGCCCGCAAGCGCGGCGCGCCGCCGGGUUUGAGUAUCGUGGCUCCGUCGCACGAACAAUUCGCAAACGAACGGGUCAUCCAGUCGGCGCCCCUCGGCCAGACGUUCACGGGGAGGCACAACCCGCACCCCCUGACACGGCACAUCACAAACCAGCCAUCGAACCUCGCAAGCACGUCGCACAUCCACCACAUGCCUGCCCACCAAACCAACAACCGCCUCCCCCCGAUUGCCGACGUAUUCGGCGGCAACGUUUCGGGUCAUCCCGAGUCCAGCGGCCACGCCCUGUUUGCCAGCCAGAGCCGCGCCCCGCUCCCAUCCCCACACCACCCGCCUCCUCCGCAAUCCGCGCGCUCGCGCGAGUACAAGUCGGCCGAGGAAGCUCAAGUUGAGCUGGCUGGCGGCCGGCCCGAGCUCCUACCAAAGUUAGUACGCUACGGCGGCCACCAACCCCCGACGCCGCCGUCCCCCCCACAGCAGCCACCUCGCGACCUCCCGCACAAUCACAGUCAUAAUAAUAACCAUAACCACUACCAUCACCACCAUCAUCAACACAAUAACAAUACCCACACAAGACCACCAGCCCCUCCCAACCAAGCUGACCCGGCUCUCGCCUCCACCAGCAGCCGAAGCCUAAGCAACGGCCACCCGGCGCCGCCGCCCGCGGCGUCCCACGCAGCAGCCCCAGCCCCAAACCCAGCAUCAACAAUGAAGCGCAGACGCGCCGAGUACGAAGAGGGCGGGAGCCCGCCGCUGGGCAACGGCGGGCGGCCGGCACCGGCUGGCCCCACGGGGACCAUGCCGCCGUUCCCUGGGUUCCCGGGCGUAGCAGCGGGACGGAGGACGACGGGGCCGUUUGGCGAGGGACGGGAUAGUCCUGACACGAUUGAGGCCAAGAAGGAGGAGUUUUUGAGCCUGUGUUCGAGGGCUUGGGAUUUGUUUCAUUCUUGA